CAACAGAAGAAGAAUCACAAACACACAACAUGGCGAGGCACGAAAACCAGCACAAAACAGAAAAUCUGGAACUGUAUCCUUUCACUUCAUUCCUCAACAUCAAUUAUCCAAGCAGCUGCAAGUUUCCUUCACCUGCCCUCAGUUCUCUAGAAGUUCCCUUCCCGUCCUCACGUCACGCCACCAUCGCUCUGCGCUCUCUAAAUCCGGACCGCGAGCCGAGGAAAGGAGGCAUCAGCAAGCAUCUGUCGGUGUCUGGAAGGACGUUGUCCGUGAGGUGGAGCGCCGACGAAGCUCGGAUCCUCCGUGUAUCCGUCAACUCCUUCCUGGACAACCUGACCCUGGUGACGGAGACCAUGCAGAUGUUUCCCACGGACACUUGAGCCACAGGAAGGUCGCGUCCUCUUGUCCCGCCUCUUUGUGUCAUUACUACUAAAGCUUUGUUCUGACACUGAAAUAAGGUUUUUUUUGUCUACAUUUUGUGAACUGAAUUCAAGCUGUAAAUCAUUGAAUAGAAAUGUGUGAGAAAAAUGUGUUUUAAAAUUCAGAGCACAAAUAUAUGUUGGUUCAAAACUCA